AUGCUAGAAACUAAUGAACAAACCAGUCAUACUAACUCUUCUAUUGCUAGACAAAGUAGAAGACUUAGAAUGAAGGAGAAGAGAGAUGCACAAUGCACUGAAUCAGAUCAUUCUCAAAACUUGGUAGAUAAAACUGAUGUAAGUGAUGCAAGGAAGAAAAGAAGGCUGAUAUUGCAAAAUAAGAAAUCAUCAUGUGGUCAUCCCACCAGUGCCCCAUCCCCAAGUACAGUCUCCCCAGUUUCUAUUCCAAAUGUAGAAGAUAGAGCUCAUUCAAUUGAUGCUCGCAAGAAAAGAAGGCUUAUAUUAGAGAAUAGAAAGUUUUCUGUCAUACCACCUGAAACACAAUAUUCCCAAGUGCCACUGUCUAACUCUGAGGAUGAAUGCAGCUCAUCCAAUACUUCAGACUCUGAAGAUGAUAUGGAACAAGCACCGUUAGCAGAUUCAAAUUUACAAGAAUAUUCUGAUAUAGGGGAUCAAAUAUGGGAAUGUACAUAUUGUCAUGCACACAUGUGGCUUCAAGAACGUGCCAGUAAAACCAAAAAGGGACAUGUUCCAACAUUCCAUCGCUGUUGUCGCGGUGGUAAAAUUGUUGUACCUUUACUUGAAGAGGCACCCCCACUGUUGAGACAUCUGCUGUUUAACAAAACAUCUACCGAGAGCAAAAAUUAUCGAAAUAAUAUUCGAACAUACAACUCAAUGUUUUCGUUUACUUCUCCUGGAAAGAAAUUUGACACCACAUAUUCAAAGAAAGGAGGACCACCAACUUUGAGACUGCACGGUCAAACCUGUCAUCGAAUAGGUACUCUACUACCAGAAAAUGGAGACCGUCCGCAAUAUGCUCAGCUAUAUAUUUAUGACACAGAUAAUGAAGUUACUAAUAGAAUGAAGUGUUUCAGAGACAAUACUGAAAUUGACGAGAACACUGUUCAUAAUUUGAAGACCGUGUUAGAUGAGUUCAAUAUUCAUGCAAAAGUUUUUAGAAUGGCGAGGGAUGUCCUGGACGAUAAUGCAUUCUUAGACUUAAAACUGAGGGUUAUAUGUGAUAAACCUGAGGAUGGACGCGUGUAUAACAGACCAACGGUUUCAGAAGUUGCUGCACUAAUUGUGGGAGACAUUGAUUCUGCUUGUAAUAGGGACAUUAUUAUUCAAGCACGCAACGGUGGUUUGCAACGUAUUGAUGAGUUUCAUCCAGCAUAUUUGGCAUAUCAAUACCCUCUCAUAUUUGCGUAUGGUAAGAUGGUUAUAGGAAAAAUAUAUUGCAUAGAUAUCGCCAUGAAACUGAGGUUGACAGAUGAAUGCAAUAACGAUGAUGGCAGACAACAACAAAAGCGGGGAAAGCGAGUUGUCUUACCGUCAUCUUUUGUUGGGGGAAAAAGAUAUAUGGAUCAACUGUAUUUUGACGGAAUGGCAAUUUCAAGUAGAUUGGGUUUUCCGGACCUAUUCAUUACAUUUACUUGCAAUCCAACAUGGCCAGAAAUUAUCCGUGCCUUGUCCGAAACUGGGUUACAACCACACGAUCGACCCGAUAUUAUUACUAAAGUCUUCAAAAUCAAAUUUGACGAACUCAUUGCAGAUAUAACAAAAAAGCAUGUUCUAGGGAAAGUUUUGGCCUUUAUGUACACUAUUGAAUUUCGGAAGAGGGGAUUGCCACACGCACAUAUUUUGAUUUUUUUACAUCCUCAGAGCAAAUACCCCACACCAUCUGACAUUGACAACAUCAUCUGUGCUGAAAUACCAGACCCUGCUGUUCAUCCGAGGUUGUAUGCGUUGGUUAAAUCUAACAUGAUGCACGGCCCAUGUGGAGUGGCGCGCAUGACAUCAACCUGUAUGAAAAAUGGUAAAUGCUCUAAAUACUUUCCAAAGAAGUUUAACGAGGAAACUAUUGUUGAUGCAGAAGGUUAUCCCCUCUAUAGGAGAAGAUCAAAAACCCACGUUAUUGAAAAAAAUGGUAUCACAUUGGACAACCGUCAUGUGGUACCUUAUAACAAAAGAUUUCUCCUCAAAUAUAACGCACAUAUAAACAUGGAAUGGUGUAACCAGAGCACUUCAAUCAAAUAUCUUUUCAAAUACAUUAGCAAAGGCUAUGACAGAAUAACAGCUUCGGUGUCAACCAACAACAAUGAACCGGUUGAUGAAAUAAAACAAUACUUAGAUUGCAGAUAUAUCUCACCAUGUGAAGCAUGCUGGAGAAUUUACUCCUUUCACAUUCAUGGUAGAAGACCGGCAGUUGAACGUAUGUUUUAUCACUUGGUAGGCGAAAAGGCUGUUUACUACACUGAUCACGAUCGAAUGGAAAAUGUUUUGGAGAAUGCAAGUGUUACUGAUUCCAUGUUUACUGGUUGGCUAUCUGCAAACUCAAAGUAUACUGAGGCACAGUCACUCACUUAUGGUCAAUUUGUAUCUAAGUUUGUUUACCACAAAAAAGAAAGGGAGUGGAGGCCCCGCAAAAAGGGAUUCACCAUUGGGAGAUUGAUAUGGGUUCCACCAACAACAGGUGAACUUUUUUACCUGCGGAUGAUGUUGACGGUAGUCAAGGAACCAAAAAGUUAUGAAGAAAUUCGCAAGGUCGGUAAUACCCAGUAUGAAACAUUUAGAGAUGCAUGCUUCGCCAUGGGAUUUCUGGAAGAUGACAAAGAAUAUAUUGGUGCACUCAAAGAGGCCAGUGAAUGGGGCUCUGGACAUUUUGUCCGAAAACUAUUUGUGGUGAUGCUAUUGUCAGGUGCUGUUAAUCGCCCAACACACAUUUGGAAGGAAUCAUGGCAGCUGUUAUCUGAUGGUGUCCUACAUGCUCAAAGGCAAUUGGCUUUAAAUACAGAAUUGGUUCUCACAGAUGCCGAAUUGCAACAUUUGACCCUGAUUGAAAUAGAAAAGCUGCUUCAAGAAAAUAAAAGGACACUAAAAGAUUUCAAACCAAUCCCUUAUCCAGAUGGAUAUGUUCUGCAACAAUUAGGUAAUAGACUGAUAUAUGACGAACGCAAUUAUAACAUUGCCAAAACAAAGACAAAAUUCACAAAUCUCUUUCGUGGACUUACAGUUAUGCUAUUGAAGAAAACCAAUUUUGUGAAAGACCUUACUGAUAACCUUGACCCAGAUGAACAGACAGCUAUGUAUCAAAAAAUUAUGCGCGCAGUUGAGUCUCAUAAUGGUGCAGUCUUCUUCCUACAUGGUUACGGUGGAACCGGUAAGACAUACAUGUGGAGAACACUGGCGGCAGCAUUAAGGUCGAAGCAUGAUAUAUGUCUGACAGUCGCAACCAGUGGUAUAGCGUCAUUAUUGUUGCCAGGAGGUCGAACUGCACAUUCAAAAUUUAAGAUACCAGUGCCAACGCUCGAUAAUUCUACUUGCAAAAUUGAGUACAAUGAUGAUGUGGGAGACCUUCUUAGACAAACUAAACUAAUUAUUUGGGAUGAGGCUCCAAUGGCACACAAGCAUACUUUUGAAGCACUAGAUAGAACGCUCAGAGACGUAAUGUCUAAAUACGGUAACUCAAAGGAGAUGUUUGGUGGAAAAGUUGUUGUUUUUGGAGGUGAUUUCAGGCAGAUUUUACCUGUUGUCCCUCGAGGAAGCCGUUCGGAUAUUGUACAUUCUGCCAUAAAUGCGUCUUACAUAUGGAAUUCUGUUCAAGUGUUAACAUUAACCAAAAACAUGCGCCUGCAAUCCGGUCCGACUGAAGAUGAUACAAAUGAAAUGCAACAGUUUUCUGAAUGGUUGUUAAGAAUUGGCGAAGGAAAAGUAUGA